AUGGUUGAUGAACUUAAAACUAAGGCUAAUGCCCUUUUUUCAAAGGGAAAUGUCAAAGAAGCGAUUGAGAUUUACGAAAAAUGUCUUUCGCAUCCUGAAAUCGAUAAGAAUCUUGAAGAAAUAGUCAAGCGUAAUUUGGCACAAUGUUUCUUGAAUCUGGGUAACUAUGAUCAAGCCAUAGAAGUUGCUACUGAAGAUACAAAGGCAUUGUAUCGUCGUUGUAUUGCAUACGAGAAGUCAGGCAACCUUAGGGAUGCAAUUUCUGACGUGCGCAGACUUGUUCAAUUAGACCCAAAAAAUAAGGCAAUAAAAGAUUUAGCAUUUCGUUUGGAGUCGUCUGUGAUGGCUAAAAAGGAGGAAGCAGAAAGUUUGACAGGAAAAAUUAAUUCAAUGUUCUCUAUACUUACGGACCCAACUGCUUCCGAUGAACGCAUGGAAAAGGCACUGAAUAAUUUAAUCGCCUUAAACAACGAAGAAAAAGCAGCUGCUUCUGCAAAAAUUUGGUCACAUCCGGGCAUGUCACAGAUUUUCGAGCUCUGUAAUCAUCCCAAACCAGAUCUCGUGAACCUUGUUCUCACACUGCUUGGGUCAAUUAUUAAGCAAAACAGUGACUACGGCCUUAGACUCCUUAACACACUAAGCCCUCAAUAUUUCAUUCGUCGUGUGUUCUCACCUUGCAAUGAUGCUUCCGCAGGCAUGUGCAAAUUCCUGCGCUGUCUCCUCGAAAGCCUUACACAAAUUAGUGUCUACAGAAAAGCCAGAGAAGCAGCCAUCGAAGCGGACCAAAAGGACAAAUCUAAACCGAAAAGUUUUCUUCCGCGAAAUAUUUAUCCUCCUUAUAAACUGGCGUUCCUGAUCUGGGGUCUCGUGGCUAACUUCGAAGGUACCCUGUCGGCCGGUGGAAACCAGGCGACGCCGCAUGCCACGUUGCGCGUUCCACCGGCGCACCUUUAUGAGAAAGUGAAGAAGCCGGUAGAGGAGGUUCUCUGCCACAUAAUCCGAGCAACAAGCAGCUACCGUUUGGAGGCGUCUGCGCGCGACACGCUGCUUGAGCUUCUCGCGUGGAUAGUCCCAGAGGCGACGGGGAUCGCCUGGUCAAGGCAGUUCGUCGCUGGGGAAGGCAACAUCGAGCGCCUGCUUGAAGUGGCUGCGGCCGCGUCAGCAAGCAUGAUCACCCAGCGACCUGUUCGUGGUGGACGCACCGCGUCAGCCGAAGCUCCAGAGGCUCCAGGCCUUCCGGAGAUCUCGCGUGGUGGCGUCCUGAAGACCUCGGCCAACACGCGCAUGACCGUUGCCUGUCUUCUCUCUCGCAUAUUUGAUGAUCUGCAUUCCGACAAGGACAGGCAAAAGUUUAGCCAGCAGUGCGCCGAUUUUAUUCUGGAUCUUUUGACGGAUAAGUUCAUUGAAAGCAAGGUGGAGGCUGCCGCAGUCAUCGGGACCCUGUUCAGCGGGCCCUACGAGGUGGGGUCGCAUGUGCUGUCUCGUGAGGGCAUCCUCGAGGGUCUGCUUCUGCUCACACAGGCAGAAAACGUCGCCUACCAGACCGUCGCUCUGGACACCAUCAUUCUGGCCACCAACAAGAAGGACAAGUGCAUGGCCAUUAUUGACCAGGCUGUGCCCAUUCUGCGGUCGCUUUACAAAUCCAGCGACGAUGCUAUUAAAGUCCGUGCACUAGUGGGCCUCUGCAAACUUGGCGUUUUGGGAGGAACCGACGCAAGCUCCCCGAGUAUGGCCGAGGGGUCGACGGUUAUUCUGACAAAGGCGUGUCGUCGACUGCUUCUGGGUCAGCAGUCGGGCGACAACAAGGCGGAGGCGGAGACGUCGGUCGACUUCGCACGCAUCGGCCCCCUCAGCGCCGCCAACUCAACCCGCUGGGCCGUGGACGGCCUGGCCUUUUUGAGUCUGGCUGGCGAAGUCAAAGAGGCGAUUGUCAAAGACCGCGACCUCCUCACAGCCAUCUACAAGGUUGCUGAGAUGGGCUACUUUGACGCUGCCUUCCCAUUGGCCAGCUUGCUUGCUAAUCUGACCAAUAGUUUUGAGGAGAAGGAGAUCACCCCCGAAAUGGUUGAACUUGCCAAAUUCACCAAACAACACAUACCGGAAAAACACGAGGCUGACGAUCCAAAAGUCAUCGCGCAACGACGACAGACUAUGAUCGAUGCUGGACUCCCCUCCUGUUUAUUUAAUUUGACAACCAAACUCCUAACCAAUACCGUAGCCUCCCAGCCUGGUAUUCGGGAAUUGGUCUCCAGGAUCUACCUUUCGUGCGCCGAAUGUGUGGAUUGUCGAGGUGUUCUGGUUUCUGCGGGUGCUGGAAGGGUUCUCAUUAACUUAGCAUUAGAGAAUAAUACUGAUGGAGGCAAACGUGCGGCUGCACAGGCGCUCGCCAAGCUAACAAUUACGGCAGACCCUCGACUCACCUUUCCCGGCCAAAGAUCCUUGGAAGUAAUCCGGCCGAUCCUGCAGUUGCUGAACAUCGACUGUCCCGCCUUGCAGAACUUCGAGGCACUCCUCGCCCUGACAAACCUCGCCUCGUUGGACGACAACCACCGGAGUCGAAUCAUAGCCGAGGGGGGUCUUCCCUUGGUCGAGCACUACAUGUUCGAGGAGCACAAGCAGCUGCGUCGAGCGGCCGUGGAGUGCUUCGCCAACUUGGCCCAGCACCACGCCACGGUGAUCGCGUGCGGCGGGACCCUGCCCCUGGAGGAGCACGUCGAGGUGGGCAGGAAGCUGCCCUCCCUGGCCAGCGGCUCCGAGGUCGUCAAGCUCCUCAUGCUCUACUGUCUGGAGGAGGCGGACGUGGCUCUGGUCAGGGCGGCGGCCGGCGCUCUUGCCACCAUGUCCUACGACCCCGGCAUCAUCAAGAAGAUCGUCGCGGUGAACAAGUGGUUCGACAUCCUGCAGGCGGUCGCCGCGCACCCCUCCUCGGCCAUCCAGCACCGCGCCGCCUUCCUGCUGCGCAACCUCGUCGUCGUGCCGGGCGAGCGCGGACUGGCCGAGUACCUGGCCCAGUCCAGCAUGCUCGAGGUGCUGAUGGCGCUGGCCCAGCAGCCCAGUCUCUCCGACACCGACCCCUUCCCCCCUGAGACCGUCGUGCUCUCCCAGGGUCGCCCAAAAGACGCCAUUCGCCGGGAGGCCAUCAAGGACCGGGAGAAGACCAAGGAGGCUGCGAUGGACGCUCUCAAGAAACUUGCUGAGUACGGCUUGAUAAAGGAGGCUGGAGCCAAGUAG